AUGAGCUCCAUUACUAACUCCCUAAUUCCUUCUUCCUCCAACCUUUUGUUCAAUCGUUUUCCUUGUAUUCGUUUGCUUUCUUCAUCACUCCAUUCACUUAAGAUCGAUCCCCUGAUCUUCUUUCCCGGCCCGCCGGCCUACACGCCCGUAGAGCCCUCAGGAGUACCAUCAACUCUGCCUCCAUUUUCCGGCUUUCCACCUUUGAAGCGAUCCCAUCGCAACCUUUUGCCUGUUGGAGUUUCGGUGCGCUCUAAUUCGAGCCAUCCGGGCUCGAGCAGGCCUCGUCGGCCUCUUCUUUUCUAUGGCCUUCUUAUUCUGGCACUGCUUGUACUUCUCGUCGGCUUGAUGCUUUUUGCUCUCGUCUUGGGGCUGGGACGCCUUCCUGGACUCGUAGACUCGACUCGGUAUCAUUUAAAAAUGUCCGAACGACCUGCGUUUACUUGUGGCCUACAAUUGGAUCGAGAAAGCCCACUCGAUGGAAAUAUAAUUUUGUAUAACAUGGUUGCGAAGCCGAAGUUUAUGCGGUCAUAUCUGGCCGUAGCUCGAAUGUUUUGUGGCAUAGUUCGUCACGGAAAACCAACAGAGCAAUAUAAGCAACUUUUAUCUCAAUUUCCUGUCACUGGCUUCCUCAUUCCAAAGAAACUGUUUGGAAAGUAA